AUGACGAGAGGAUAUUCAUUAGAACAAGAUUUAAGAUUAUUAGUAAAUAAUCCAAAGUACAGUGAUGUAGAAAUUUUAUGUAAAGAUGAAAAGAAAUUACACGGUUGUAGAGAAAUUUUAGCAGCAAGAUCCGAAGUAUUUGAUAGAUUACUUUAUAAUGGAAUGAAAGAAAGUUAUGAAAAACAAAUUUCUUUUCCAAAGAUUAAGUCCGCUGGAAUGGAAAUUAUAUUAGAAUAUAUUUAUACAGGGUCAGUUAAAGAAGAAUCUUUAACAAAAGAUAAUACUGUUGAAGCUUUUUACGCUGCAGACUAUUUUCAAUUGUCAGACCUUCAAGAUUUUAUUUUGAAAACAGUUAAGAAUAGUACUAAUUUUGCAAAAAAUUAUUCACCAGAAUUACUAUCCAAAAUUUCAGAAAAAAUGCCACUAACGGAAGAUAAUAUUCUUCUUAAUUUAUUGGUUGAAGCAGCAGCAAAUAUUUCAUUAAAUAAUAUUGAAUUUGGUCAAUUGUCUAUUACGGGCCUUAAAUAUCUUUUAUCUUGUACAUAUGAAAAAGAAAACCCAUUUGCAACUCCAGAAUAUGAGAACAGUUAUCAAAAAGUUGCUAAAGAAUUAGAAACUUUGGUUAAAUUUAUUGAUUUCAGAAGAAUUAAACCUCAAAUAUUAGCUGAUAUAAUUGAACCACUAGAAAUUAUCCCAGAUAAAAUAAUUUCUAAUGUUUAUCAAUAUGUAGCAUUAUCGAGUAAUUUAAAUUUAAAUAAUACUCGUGGAAUAUCAAUUAAUGAAAUCUGCUAUGAUGUUUGGGAUAAGUCAGCAUGUGGAUCAAAACUUGUUAUUGAGGAUAAUGGAAAAAUUGUAUAUGCACCAGAUGGUUGUGGUUUUCAAAGCGUUAGAACUAAAAUAGUUUUAGAAGAUAAAGGUAUUUUUGAGUGGGAUGUUAUUAUUGAGAAAAAUUGUUCUGGAUCUUGGGUUGGAGUAUGUGCACCAGAAAAUCUUAAUUAUGAAUAUUGGGCAGAAGACCAACCUACUGGAUGGGUAUUGGGUUCUAGAGACUCGUAA